ACACGUCUGACGUUCCAGAUUUACUCAGUGAUUGCAGCACUCGUGCUCGCUGUGCAUUAUGGCAUGAAUCGAGUAUUCAAAUACGACAGCGUCAAGUAUACGCCACAAGGAUUGCCAAUGCAUCACGGUGAAAGCAAACUAACUGAUGCAUUCAAUCAAACCGCUGUUGCAAAUGCGAAUUAUGGCGCAAUCGAGGCCGAAGAUCCGACCCAGGAAGCGUACGACCGGUACGUGAAAUCACCGUAUGAGUGA